CAACAUGCCGGCUGUUUGACUAUAAUUUCGCUAAAUGUCAAUGUUUGUUUACGUUUUCAUAAAACUCUGCCAAAUAAAAUAUAUUUUUGCUAGAAUAAUAAAUUAAAAACUACAAAAAAAACUAUGUCUAGUGAAAAACGCACUAUAUAUGUAGGUGCGCUUGCAGAUGAAGUGACAGAGAAACUCUUGAAUGAUGCUUUUAUACCUUUUGGUGAUAUUGCUGACAUACAAAUGCCAGUGGAUUACGAAUCCCAAAAACAUAGAGGUUUCGCUUUUAUUGAAUAUGAAUUAGCUGAAGAUGCUGACGCAGCUAUUGAUAAUAUGAAUGAUUCUGAAUUAUGUGGACGUACGAUACGCGUAAGUUUAGCUAAACCUGUACGUGUUAAGGAAGGUAGUUUUAAGCCUGUAUGGGCGGAUGAUGAUUGGUUGCAAAAACAUGCUGGUGCAACAUUAAAAGACGAUGAAGAAGAACAAGAGAACACUAAAACUGAAGAGAAAAAAACAACCGCUCCAGCUGUUAUUGAGAAAGCAGAGAAACGUAAUCCACAAGUUUUCUUUGAUAUACGUAUUGGUGGCAGUGAUGCUGGACGUAUAGUCAUGCUUCUACGUGCUGAUGUGGCACCGAAAACAGCAGAAAACUUUCGUGCAUUAUGUACCCAUGAACAAGGAUUUGGCUACAAGGGUAGUACGUUUCAUCGUAUUAUACCAGAAUUUAUGUGUCAAGGUGGUGAUUUCACUAAUAACAACGGUACAGGUGGAAAAUCUAUUUAUGGAAAAAAAUUUGCAGACGAAAAUUUUACUUUGAAACAUAAUAAUUUCGGUACACUUUCAAUGGCAAAUUCUGGUCCAAAUACAAAUGGUUCACAAUUUUUCAUUUGCACUACAAAAACUGAUUGGUUGGAUAAUAAACAUGUGGUAUUUGGUCAUGUAAUCAGUGGUGCAGAUGUGGUGCGAAGGAUGGAACGUUGUGGUACAAAAUCUGGCACACCAAAUCAAAAAGUUGUUAUUUAUUCAUGUGGUGAACUUAAAUAAUUUUAAAUAAUAUAUAUAUAU